AUGCAUUCUAUUCGUGAAAAGCUCAAAGAUACCAAGCUACAUGACGCCAAAGUCGAAGCUGCCCACCUCAAGAGUAAGAUAGGCAAGCUCAAGAACCUUGUGAACAGAAACCAUCGCCAUGACGAAGAACACGAAAAGGAAACGGAUCGGAAGAGGUCUGCCAUCUGUGAAUCCCAUCGUUUCCAAUCCUUCUUCCCAGAGCGUGAAAACAACAAGAUUAAAUGGUAUGUUGACGGCCGUGACUAUAUGUGGGCCGUGUCCGUCGGCAUCGAAAACGCCAAAGAGACCAUCUAUAUCGAAGAUUGGUGGCUCUCACCCGAGCUGUUCUUGCGCCGCCCACCGUUCUUCAACCAGGAAUGGCGUUUAGACCAGGCCAUCAAGCGGGCCGCUGAACGAGGGGUGCAAAUUUACGUGAUUGUGUACAAGGAGGUUCAACAAGCCUUGACCUGCAACUCCGCCCAUACCAAGCACGCUUUGAGGGCCUUAUGUCCAGCAGGGACUCCUGGACAUGGCAACAUCCACGUAAUGCGCCAUCCCGACCACAAUGUCUUCGAGAACUUUGGCGACAUGACGUUCUAUUGGGCGCAUCACGAGAAGUUUAUGGUCAUCGACUAUCAUCUUGCCUUUAUCGGAGGCAUAGACCUAUGCUAUGGCAGAUGGGAUGUCCGUCAACAUCUGCUCGCCGAUGUUCAUCCAUCCGGCGUUGUCAACGAAAUCUUCCCCGGCCAGGACUUCAACAACAACAGAAUUAUGGACUUCCAGACUGUCCAAGACUGGUCGAACAAUGAACUCAACAAGACCGAGUAUGGUAGGAUGCCCUGGCAUGAUGUGGCUAUGGGAUUAGUAGGAGAGUGCGUACUUGAUAUUGCCGAACAUUUUGUGCUCAGGUGGAACUUCAUCAAACGUGACAAAUACAAGCGAGACCCCAAAAUCGACUAUCUAUGCUUGACAACGCGGUCCAGAGCAGACGGCUCGAAUCCCGACGAAGACCUUAUCGCAGUUCAACGGCCCGCCCAUCCAGUUGGUAAAUAUAUUGAGCACCCUCUCAGUCCGUUGGAGAACAAAGGACUACACAACGCCGGGACUGUCCACGCUCAGCUUGUACGGAGCAGUGACGACUGGAGCAGCGGAAUCCUGCUUGAUCACAGUAUCCAAAACGCUUAUCACGAACUUAUUGAGAACGCUCAACAUUACGUUUACAUUGAGAACCAGUUCUUCAUUACAGCCACGGGCGAGCAGCAAAAGCCCAUCCAGAACACAAUUGGUCGUGCGAUCGUCAAUGCCUGCAUCCGCGCCCACAAAGAAGGCCGAAAGUUCAGGGUCAUCAUUCUGAUUCCCGCGAUUCCUGGUUUUGCAGGAGAUUUACGUGACGAUGCUGCCAUCGGCACCAGGGCCAUCAUGGAUUACCAGUACAAGAGCAUUAACCGAGGAGAGCACUCAAUCAUGGGCCAACUCAAGGCAGCCGGGCUCGACCCCGAGCAAUACAUCUUUGUUUUCAACCUACGGGCCUAUGACCGCCUCAGUAAGACCCCAGCCUUGGUUCAGCAGGAGAAAGAAUCGGGUAUCUCGUACCAGCAGCUGCAGCGAGCCGAAGCCGAAGAAAUCAUGGGCACAGGUAUCCACGGGUACGACGACGAAAGGAAAGAAGACGAAUCUCGAGGGACGGGCCACAAAGCGGAUGAAGACGAACGGCACCGCAUCGUCGAUCGCAAGCGGCAAUUCGAAGCUGCUCGUAAACAUCUCGAUGUCAAAGACCCCGUGACCUCAUCCGAGUCGAUUGCCGAGGACGCCAUGGCCCGCGGUGGACUGGUCAGCGAAGAGUACUGGGAAGGCGACCCGGAAUCUGAAAAAGAAAACUUUGUGCAAGAGGAGCUCUACAUCCACGCCAAAGUGCUCAUCGUAGAUGACCGCCACGUCAUUUGCGGCUCUUCAAACCUCAACGACCGGUCCCAGCUGGGGUCCCACGACUCAGAACUGUCGAUUGUGAUGACCGAUACGCGGACCAUGGAGACCACCAUGGACGGCAAAGCCUUUCAAGCAGGCUACCACGCGGCCACGCUUCGGCGGCAUCUGUGGCGCGAGCAUUUGGGUAUGAUCGAGGCCCAGCCCGUCGACGCAUCGAAUGACCCAAAUGCCCAGCCGCCUACAGUGUGCAUGAACGACGAUUACAGUGGCGAAGAAUGGGAUUUCGUCGCCGAUCCCCUAAGUGAUGAGUUAUGGGAAAAGUGGCAGAACCAAGCUACCGUCAACACCGAAGUGUAUCGUUUCUUGUUCCGCGCCGACCCGGACAAUCAUAUCCGGACCUGGAAGGACUACGACGCCUUCUGUCCCCGCGAGGUCAUCAAACAGGGGCAUCUCCACGAUCCACAUAUGCCGGUCGAAAUUGUGCGCAAGGAGCUCGACAAAAUCAGGGGCCAUCUGGUCUGGAUGCCCUUGGAUUUCCUGUGUGAAGAACAAAUGGCCGAGAAAGGAAUGCAGAUCAACGCUUACACAGAGAGCAUUUAUACCUGA